AACGUGACUUCCGGGAGGAGCUAAGAUGGCGAGCCGCGCGCUGCUGGUGGCGCGAGGAGCCGUUUUCGGCAUUGUAGGCGUACGUGGCUGUCUGCCUCGAUACUUGCAGGGUGUUCUUGCCGCGCCACUGCCCUGCCUGACCUUCCAUGGACAAACUUUCCUUGUACGAGGGCUUGCAGUCGAAGCCAAGAAAGUAUACGUGCGGGACAAACCACAUAUCAAUAUUGGGACCAUCGGGCAUGUCGACCACGGCAAGACCACAUUAACAGCUGCCAUCACCAAAAUUUUGGCCGAGGCAGGAGGUGCCCAGUUCAGGAAAUACGAAGAGAUUGAUAAUGCACCAGAAGAGAAAGCACGUGGGAUCACAAUCAAUGCCUCCCACGUAGAAUAUGCGACAGCCAAUCGCCACUAUUCACACACAGAUUGUCCUGGGCAUGCUGAUUAUGUCAAGAAUAUGAUCACAGGGACAUCACCUCUGGAUGGCUGUAUCCUUGUGGUGGCCGCAACGGAUGGUCAGAUGCCUCAGACAAGAGAGCACCUUCUGCUUGCCAAACAGAUUGGAGUGAAACACAUUGUUGUGUACAUCAACAAAGCUGAUGCCGUUGAUGACAAAGAGAUGCUGGAGCUGGUGGAGCUGGAGAUCCGUGAGCUUCUCACCGAGUUUGGCUACAGUGGGGAGACGAUUCCUGUCGUCAUAGGCUCUGCUCUGUGCGCUUUGGAGCAGCGGAACCCGGAGUUGGGUGUGAAUUCAGUAAUGAAGCUGCUCGAUACUGUGGACACACACAUUCCCGUGCCACAGCGGGAGCUCGACAAACCUUUCCUGCUUCCCAUAGAGCACACUUACUCCAUACCAGGCCGGGGUACUGUGGUGUCAGGCACUCUUGAACGUGGCAUUGUUAAGAAAGGAGAUGAGUGUGAAUUUGUGGGGCACAAUCAGAACCUGCGCUCUGUGGUAACUGGUGUGGAGAUGUUCCACAAACAACUGGACCGGGCAGAGGCUGGUGACAACCUGGGUGCUUUAAUUCGUGGGCUGAAGCGGGAGGAUGUAAGGCGGGGGAUGGUCAUGUGCAAGCCAGGAUCUAUCCAGCCACACCAGAAAGUUGAGGCUCAGGUUUACAUCUUGAGCAAAGAGGAGGGCGGUCGUCAUAAGCCAUUUGUUUCCAAUUUCACACCCGUCAUAUUUUCUCUGACCUGGGACAUGGCCUGCCGCUUGGAAUUGCCUGCGGGGAAGGAGUUAGUUAUGCCAGGGGAAGACACCUCUCUAAUAAUGGUACUGCGAACCCCUAUGGUCUUGGAGGUGGGGCAGCGAUUCACAAUGCGUGAUGGACACAAAACCAUUGGUACUGGAGUGGUUACAAAGACAUUGCCAAUAACUCCAGCAGAUAAAGAGAAGUGGGAAAAUUAGAGUUACAUCCAUUGUGCUUCUUUCCUCUGCGAAGCACAUCCAUUGUGCUUCAGGAAGCUGUUCUCACUAGUGGCUGGCGUGAAACCAGAACUAAAGACUAUACGGCAAUGAGGCAGGUGAAGGGCAAGGAGACAAAUGUGGGCAUGUUCUGAAAGAAUACUUUUCAUGUAUUUUUAAUAUGGUUAAUAACCACUACCCACCCACAGCCUGAAAGGUGAUAUUAAAUGCAAAUGAUGUUUUGCUCAGUUCUGUUUAUUUCAGAGUGGAAGACCGUUAAAUAAAAGACUGUACAGCUGAUCUGAAGUUCCU